GGAGCCCCUCGAAUCCGCCAGGGUGCGUACACCUGCGUACACGUGCUCUAACAGCGUGCCUGGUCGAUCAUCGAUCAUCCCUGAACAUACGGCCUCCCAGAAAAGGCAAUCGCUAAGAAGUUUUCCCAAAGCCCCGUCGACCAGUACAAGAAUAGGCAGCAGUCCAGUGGCUGAUGGCUCUGCGCCAGUCUCCUCCUCAUCCGCCCUAGCGAGCGAUAGCUUCGCCCUCCGGAGUGCACGCACGCACCGCCCAGCAUGUCUAGCGCCGUGGAAGACUUUGGGCCGUCCCUCUCGCGCGUCGACACCAAGAAGGACUCGGAGUUCCUCGAGAGCACUGAGCCGCCCGCGCUAGAAUCGCAGGAGGUCGAGGAAGUCGACUCGGAAGAGAGUGCGGUUGCAGCACGUCCGCCGCUGGAUUACAGCUCUGCGGGUGCGCUGUGUAGGAGUCUCUGGCGCCGGUUUGAGAGCAUAUGGACGAAGCGCUUCGUGCUGUCGCUUCUGGCGGGCCAGCUGGUGUCGCUGUGUAUCACCUGUACGAACGUGACGACGACGGAGCUCGUGGGUAGGAACUGGGUGCUGCCCACAUUGCAGACGUGGUUUUUGUACUUCUCGAUAUUCUCUGUCUAUACUCCUUAUACGAUCUACCAGUAUGGUUUCAAGGGCUGGUUGAAGAUGAUCUUCAGGGACGGGUGGAGGUACAUCAUCCUCGCCGCCUGCGACGUAGAAGGGAACUUUCUCGCAGUCAAGGCGUACGGUUACACGACACUCCUCUCCUGCGAGCUGCUCGACGCAUGGGCGAUCCCGUCCUGCCUCAUCUUCUCAUGGCUAUGGAUGCGUCCAAAGUACAAGUGGUCGCAGCUCCUCGGCGUGGUGGUAUGCGUGGGCGGGCUGGGGAUGCUUGUCGCGUCGGAUGAGCUCACGGACAAGGACUGGUCUGCGCUCGACCGUGCAAAGGGCGACGUGUUCAUGAUCGUCGGUGCCACGCUCUACGGCUUCACGAACGCGACGGAGGAGUUCUUCGUGCGCAAGUCGCCGUUGUACGAGGUGGUUGGCCAGUUGGGGAUGUGGGGCAUGAUCAUCAAUGGCAUCCAAGCGGCGGGCCUCGAGCACAAGGCCAUGCGCGAGGCGACCUGGGAUGGCAAGAACAUCGGCAUUUUGGUCGCAUAUACCGCGUCCAUGUUCAUCCUGUACACCGUCGCGCCGAUGCUCUACCGCAUGGCGUCGUCCGCGUACUACAACCUGAGCAUCUUGUCGAGUGAUUUUUACGGGCUGCUCUUUGGGCUGUUCCUCUUCCAUUACCGGCCGUAUUGGCUGUACUUUCCUGCGUUCGCAGUGGUGAUUAUCGGGCUGGUCAUUUACUUUUGGAGCGCACCACCCGAAUCUCAGGGCAAAGUCGAGCCCCGUGCGCCAGAGUAUGUGCAGAGAAAGCAUGACACGAUCAACAUUGUUGUAGGACAGGUGUAA